GCGCGCGCUGGCCGGGCAGCAUGGCGGCGGCGGCGGGCGCCCCUCAGCCCGGUCCACCGCAGCCGCCACCGCCGCCGCCGCCCGAGGAGUCGUCGGACAGCGAGCCCGAGGCGGAGCCCGGCUCCCCGCAGAAACUCAUCCGUAAGGUGUCCACGUCGGGCCAGAUCCGCCAGAAGACCGUCAUCAAAGAGGGGAUGCUGACCAAACAGAACAGUUCAUUCCAGAGGUCGAAAAGGAGAUACUUCAAGCUGCGAGGGCGGACACUGUACUAUGCAAAGACUGCAAAGUCGAUCAUAUUUGAUGAGGUGGACCUGACAGAUGCCAGCGUGGCCGAAUCCAGCACCAAGAAUGUCAACAACAGCUUUACGGUCAUCACUCCGUGUAGGAAGCUCAUCUUAUGUGCUGAUAACAGGAAAGAAAUGGAAGAUUGGAUUGCAGCUCUGAAGACUGUCCAGAAUCGGGAGCAUUUUGAGCCGACCCAGUACAGCAUGGACCACUUCUCAGGGACGCACAACUGGUACGCCUGCUCCCACGCGAGGCCGACCUACUGCAACGUGUGCCGGGAGGCCCUGUCUGGGGUCACGUCCCACGGACUGUCCUGUGAAGUGUGCAAGUUCAAGGCCCACAAACGCUGUGCUGUGCGUGCGACCAACAACUGCAAGUGGACCACGCUGGCCUCCAUCGGGAAGGACAUCAUUGAGGACGAGGACGGGAUUGCCAUGCCUCACCAGUGGCUGGAGGGAAACCUGCCCGUGAGCGCCAAGUGCACGGUGUGCGACAAGACCUGCGGCAGCGUGCUGCGCCUGCAGGACUGGCGCUGCCUGUGGUGCAAGGCCAUGGUGCACACGGCGUGUAAGGAAUCCUUAGUGACCAAAUGCCCGCUGGGCCUGUGCAAGGUGUCGGUCAUCCCGCCCACGGCUCUCAACAGCAUCGAUUCUGAUGGCUUCUGGAAGGCCACGUGUCCUCCAUCCUGCACCAGCCCCUUGUUGGUCUUUGUCAAUUCAAAGAGUGGGGACAAUCAGGGGGUGAAGUUCCUCAGACGAUUCAAACAGCUGCUGAACCCUGCCCAGGUCUUUGACCUCAUGAACGGGGGACCACACCUCGGCUUACGGUUAUUCCAGAAGUUUGACACAUUCCGGAUUCUGGUUUGUGGUGGGGAUGGCAGCGUUGGCUGGGUCCUUUCCGAAAUCGACAGCCUCAACCUUCACAAACAGUGUCAGCUGGGCGUGCUUCCCCUGGGCACAGGGAACGACCUGGCGCGCGUGCUGGGCUGGGGCUCAGCCUGCGACGACGACACCCAGCUCCCGCAGAUCCUGGAGAAGCUGGAGAGAGCCAGCACCAAGAUGCUGGACAGGUGGAGCGUCAUGGCCUACGAGACCAAGCUGCCCCGGCAGGCCUCCUCCUCUGCCACUGGCACGGGCACCGAGGACCUCAGCGAGGGCUCCGAGGUGCAGCAAAUUCUCUUCUAUGAAGACUCGGUUGCAGCCCAUCUUUCUAAAAUCCUGACCUCCGACCAGCACUCGGUGGUGAUCUCAUCAGCGAAAAGCUUUUUCCGUGCUUCUUCCCGCAGAGUCCUCUGUGAGACGGUGAAGGACUUUGUGGCUCGAGUGGGCAAGGCCCACGAGAAGGCGACCGAGAGCUCGGAGGAGUCGGAGGUCAUGGCCAAGAAGUGCUCUGUCCUGAAAGAGAAGCUGGAUUCUCUCCUCAAGACCUUGGACGACGAGUCCCAGGCCUCGUCCUCUCUGCCCACCCCGCCGCCCACGAUUGCUGAGGAGGCGGAAGAUGGCGACGGGGCGGGCAGCGGCUGCGGCUCAACCGUGGACCGCUCGGUGGGGUCUGCGUGCCCGGCCCGGCCGCAGAUAUUCCGGCCUCGGGAACAGCUCAUGCUGCGGGCCAACAGCCUGAAGAAGGCGAUUCGUCAGAUCAUAGAACACACCGAAAAAGCGGUCGACGAGCAGAACGCCCAGACCCAGGAGCAGGAGAGGAUUGUCCUGGGUCUCCCUGAGUCGGAGGAGAAAAAGGACCUGCCAUCAGAUGAGCGCGUGUGCCACAGCGGGAGCUGGGGGGUGGCCAAGCCCAGGAGCCCCCGCAAAGUGUCCAAGUCCCCAUGUGAGAAGCUGAUAAGCAAAGGAAGUUUGUCACUGGGCAGUUCUGCCUCUCUUCCUACCCAGUCAGGAAACCGAGACGGCCUGCCUGCACUGAACACGAAGAUCCUGUUCCCCAACGUGCGCGCCGGGAUGUCCGGCUCCUUGCCUGGCAGCUCAGUCAUCAGUCGCUUACUAAUAAACGCCGAUCCCUUCAACUCUGAACCGGAAAACCUGGAGUACUACACGGAGAAGUGUGUCAUGAACAACUACUUUGGCAUUGGCCUGGACGCGAAGAUCUCCCUGGACUUCAACAACAAGCGGGAUGAGCACCCCGAGAAGUGCAGGAGCCGGACCAAGAACAUGAUGUGGUACGGGGUCCUCGGGACCAAAGAGCUGCUGCACAGGACCUACAGGAACCUGGAGCAGAAGGUCCUGCUGGAGUGCGACGGGAGGCCCAUCCCGCUCCCCAGUCUGCAGGGCAUCGCUGUCCUCAACAUCCCCAGCUAUGCCGGAGGGACCAACUUCUGGGGAGGCACCAAAGAAGACGAUACGUUCGCGGCGCCGUCGUUCGAUGACAAGAUCUUGGAGGUGGUCGCGGUGUUUGGCAGCAUGCAGAUGGCUGUCUCUCGGGUCAUUAAGCUGCAGCAUCACCGGAUUGCCCAGUGUCGCACGGUGAAGAUUUCCAUCCUGGGGGACGAGGGCGUACCAGUGCAGGUGGACGGAGAGGCCUGGGUCCAGCCCCCGGGAUACAUCCGGAUUAUCCACAAGAACCGGGCACAGAUGCUCACCCGGGACAGGGCGUUUGAGAACACGCUGAAGUCCUGGGAGGACAAGCAGAAAUGUGAACUGCUACGCCCGCCGUCCUUCUCCCUGCACCCAGAGAUCCUGUCCGAGGAAGAGGCCACCCAGAUGGACCAGUUUGGGCAGGCGGCGGGGGCCCUUAUCCACAGCAUCCGGGAGAUAGCACAGUCCCACCGGGACAUGGAGCAGGAGCUCGCGCACGCCGUCAACGCCAGCACCAAGUCCAUGGACCGCGUGUACAGCAAGCCCAGAGCCGCAGAGGGGCUGACCUGCAGCUUUGUGCUGGAGAUGGUGAGCAACGUGAAGGCCCUGCGCAGUGAGACGGAGCUGCUGCUGGCCGGGAAGAUGGCCCUGCAGUUGGACCCCCCUCAGAAGGAGCGGCUCGGGGCUGCUCUUGCCGAGAUGGACCGACAGCUCAGGAGGCUGGCGGACACCCCCUGGCUGUGCCCGCCCACGGAGCCCAGUGACGAAGAGAACGUGACCAUGGAUCUUUCCAAACGCAGCCGCAGCGGGAAGUUCCGCUUGGUGCCCAAGUUCAAGAAGGAGAAGAACAGCAAGAACAGAGACGCCCACAGCAGCCUGGGAGCGCCGGUUCACCUCUGGGGGACAGAGGAGGUUGCUGCCUGGCUGGAGCACCUCAGUCUCUGUGAGUAUAAGGACAUCUUCAUGCGGCACGACAUCCGGGGCUCUGAGCUCCUGCACCUGGAGCGGAGGGACCUCAAGGACCUCGGCGUGACCAAGGUGGGGCACGUGAAGAGGAUCCUGUGCGGCAUCAGGGAGCUGAGCCGCAGCCCUCCGGCCGCCGAGGCCUAGCCUCCGCCCUCUCCGCCUGCGCCCUGCGCCUGUGUGACUGAGGGCGCGGGCGCCCGGCCUGCGGCCCUUCUCAUGGUGCUACUUCUUGCCCUGCCUGCGGGACAGGAAGCCCCGCAGCCACCCUGCCCGGCCAGCCCCCGGGCCCGGGGCUCGGGACUCGCCAACACAGCCGCCUUUGGACUCGCGCCCCUCUGGCCGGCGGCGUGUGGGCGGCCUUGCUGGGCACAUGAGUGUCCCUGUGUGCCCUGCCAUCCACACGUCGUGUCGCACCAUGUCCUGGCUGACUCUGCAGAGGGGGCGCGGCCCAGGCCAUGCGUCCCCCCCCGGGAGGUCCGGAGCCCCGGCCGCUCUUGUCCCUCACGGCAGCCCGGAGGCCACUGCUCAGUGACAAGGCCCUGCCGCGCCGGCUCUGCAGGCACCAAGGGUGCACCUCCAGGCCUGUUCGUUUCAGCCGGACGGAGGAGAAAGGAAACGCGCUCCCCCCGGGGCCGGGCACUGGAAGCCACGUCCUCGGGCCGACAAGCCCCGCCCCACGUGUCUCCGGUCCUUCCUGAGCGGCAGGCGUGGGGACACGGUCUCGUCUGUCCAGGACACAGCAGCCUCCAAAUGCUGCCCGGGGCCAGAAGCUCCGGGUGGCCGGUGGCCUCCCUGUGACAGAGGCUGUGUUUGCACUGGGCCGGGAUUCCCGUGGAGACGGUGUCCGCUCUGCUGGACAGUAAGCCGCCGUCCCGGCAGAGCGGCCGCGGGGGGCAGCCUGGGCCGCCCCGAGAGCCUUGGACCCUGCGGGGCUUCUCGUCCGCACCGCUGGGCCCGGGGCCCUGGAGGCGUCGGCGCGGCCCGGCCUCACCGGGCCCUCACUGCCUUUGUGCCCUGUGCUGCGCUUCCAGGGUCAGCCGUGCCUCACAGGGCUGCUCCUGUCCGCCCUGGAGAGCGGGCUCUGCAACCCCCACCCCAGCCUUUGGGUGCAUCUGCGGAGGGGGCUGAGCGGGAGGCCUCAGGGUGCUGUCCCGAGUCAUCGUAGAGGCCCCUUGGGGACUUGGAGCUGAACAGCAUUUACCUGCCAUUUGCUUUGCAGAUGCUCCCCCUGCUAUCAGCCCCUCUGACCAGUGUGCCCCACAGGUCCCCUCCUUGGGCCUGGCCAGGCGCCUGCCUCUGGUUUGGGGGUGCUUCCACGAGUGGGCCUUCUGGGGGCCCACGUGUGGCGGGGCAGGGCGGUGUCGGGGUUUGGGGUGAGAGCCCUGUGUUGUGCAUGUGCCCUCAGCCUCCCCGUAAGGGUCUGACCGGGCAGUGGCGUGCGACCUUUCUUGCCCGGGAUUCUCUUCCCUGUCAGAAGGGCCAUCUCAGGUGGGGGAAGGCGGGGAGAGAGGGAACCGAGCCCGGAAGUCGCCGAUUUCAAGGGAGAGAUCACAGGGUCCCAGAGGGAGCUGCCCUGGUGUUCGAGGUGGGGCACCUGGGUCCCAGGGCCUCUGGCUGGGACAGGGCAGGACAGGACAGGCUGGAGCUCUGGUGGGGAGGGUGCAGGGGGCUGCCCCCGGGGCCACCCUGUGCCUCCGCCCCCACCCUUGGGCAAGGCUUAAGUUUGGGUCAAGCAUGGUGUUUAAAAUUAACGUGUGUCAGUGACUGAAGCAACGUUGUUUACGUAAAAGCCAUUUUUCUAAUUCUUGUAAGUUAGAAGCAAAAAGAAUGAGCGCGACUUCUGCAUGGACGCGCAUCGGUGAGGGGCCGGCGCCCCGCUCCUCGUGACGUCCUUGUUGCUGCACGCGGGGCCGCGCCUCCUCCCGCCCUGGUGCCCCCGCGUCCCGGGGUGGGGCGGGAGGAUCCCUGGAGAGUCCUGGAGAAAGGCUUUGUCCCCUCGGGUGAGGCUCACCCUCGUAUUUAUGAUCUUAAUUUAUACAGUGCCCACUGUGGGAGCAAACGCCCCGUGUUGCUGCGUACAUAGUACGUCUGGGGCUGUACAUAAUUGUUCUGUGUGUAAAUAAAGCCGGCCUGUUUUGGAUCUCC